CUGGUCGCCCAGUCCGUGCGUACUGCGUUGCCAUUCCUCAGGCGUCGAGAGUUGAAGCGGUCGAGUUUUAACCAAAAAAAUAAAGCGUGUUCCGCCCAGAGUGCAUCUGAUUUCUCCCCGCCCCGAUACUUGACCGUGGAAAUAGUUCCCUUCAGAUAUAUAUAUAUAUAUAUAUAUAUGUCUAGUUCUCUUCAGAGAUACAUUUAUAUAUAUAUAUAUAUAAGAGCCAUUCAUAAACAUAUUGCCAGAAAUAAAUAGGCACCCUUUAUCCAUUCAACUGUUUCGCUUUAGAUUUAUCGUUGUUAUUAAUUUGUUAUCAUUAUUAUUAUUGUUGCUGUUAAUAUUGUUGCUGCACAACACGCAGUGGUGGGUAAUGAUGAUAUAUGCUACACUCUGAAGGAGAGAGUGAGAAAGCGAAAGAUGUACCUUUACACCUUAGAAGACGCUGAAUCGAGUUGACCUAGCGUGUACAAAAGCGAUCUGCAGCGCGACAACGAACGACACGACCGCAAAUGUAAUCACGAAUACAGUGGCGCAAUUUACGGAAGAGGUUAGACGAAACGAAAGAAAAAAAAAAGAAGAGAAAUGUGAAUACAAAUGAAGAAAAGCGUACGAUACGGCGAACACCUUUACACCGAGAGAGAAUAAUAAAAUGUGUCACAAGUCCGGAGAGUGGCCGGUGUCCGAUGAAUACGAAAUUCGAAGUGUGAGCAUUAAAUGCGAGCAGUGCGUUCACACGAAUACCAGUGUCGCAUUGUCACGAGAAAUAGUGUGAACGUAGCACUCGCCUCUUUGGCUUAUGCUGUAAACUUCACGUUGAUCGUUAAUCACCCACUUUCCGCACUUGUAACGCAGCAUGAUUCAGAGUGUAUAGAAACCGAUACGAUAGAGGAAAAAGAGAGAAACUACAAUUAGAUGAAGCAACGGAUAAGCGUGGAAAUAGGAGAGGAAAUAGUCAAGGAAAUGCCUCAUUGACCAUAUAACGGUUGCCGAUGCGAUGAAAACCAAUUAUGCACCCUCCUGGUGAUCGAUAAGGUAUCGAGGUGGAGGAAUUUGACCUGUUCGAUCAAGGGAAGGAAGAAUGGCUGCCGGGUCAGCUGCUGCUAUGAUUGGGGCAAACUUGAGGUUUGGCAUCGGGGCUCCAUAUAACGUAACCUCAAAUGCCACGAAAGUAUUUCAGUGCCAUCCUGGAGGCAUAACUGAAGCUACAGUUAUAUUUAGUCUUGGGGCCCUCGGAAUGGGCGCCAAUGUCAUUCUGAUGGCUUUAAUAUUAGCCAAACGUCAUCUCCGAAGAUGGUCCCAAGGGCUACUAUUUCAUCAGGCAAUGGUGGACUGCGCAAGGGCAGCCAUUUUAUUGCCUCUUGGGUUGAGCAUACUGAAUUGCCAGCCCGUUAACAAGUGUUCGCUUGUCGAGACCGCAUUUCUAUUACUGGUCACUGUCUCAACGGUGAAUAUGCUUACCACCGUCUUAAACGAUAGUCCCGUAUUUCCAGAAAGUGAGGAAGAAGCCGAUCUCACCGCUCCUCUCCUCAUGGACUCGCCUCAGUGUGUAUUAUUUGGAACGUUCAUGAUAUGGUUUGCCAGCAUAACGAUUAAUCUCGGACCAACGUUUCUAAGCGGAGCCCUAGCCGCAAACACUGAGACCGGACACAACGCCCCAAGCUGUCCCCUGGUUCACGGCCCAUUCCGUCAUUACAUACUAAACGUUUUAUGGAUCGUGAUAAAUGUUAUCUGUGUGCUGCUCACUCUAUUUCAUUUACGGAAAUUGCACCGAGAUUUGACCAAAGCAAACGUGGAAGCGGUUCGCGUGGCUGGAUUAGUUACAACGUUAGUUAGCGUUACUGGAGGGCACGGUGGAUCGAACGGACUGAUCGAUAGUAAUGAUAGAAGAAACUCGCGAAAUGGAACAACACCCAAAAGAGGCGGUGCCAUAGAGGAACAUCGCAGGAUGAGAAAUUAUCUACGAAGAAUGGAACGCGAAGGAGUUCAAAGAGUGAAAAUGUUCCUGAUCAUAACGGCAGCGUACGUUAUUUUUUGGGGACCAUUAUUCUUCGUUACACUCGUGCACCAUCCUGUCAUUGGAAACGCAACGGGAUACGAGGUGACGCUGCACAUCGCUCACGUUCACGCGUUCAUAAACCCGGCAUUAUUCCUGGCGUUACAUCGAGGUUUACGUCAAGGCAUGUCUGACGUGUGUUGCGGAUGCUGCGAGAGCCUGGCUCGGUGGAUAUUGGGAUCAACGGUAAACAGUCCUAUACAAUCCGUGCAACCGCCCAGCUACGAACCACCCCUACGUCUACCCUCACCCCCAGAUCCUCCGCUGGCUCUUUCUGCAGCAAACACCUGCGACCUAACAGACGUCGCUCUUUUGAAACCGCCUUUGCCCCCGGUUACCAAACACUUACUCAUGGAUGACUUGAUCGCGGCACCACCAGACCCCUGGAUCUUACCACCAAGGCCUAAGAGCACAACGAGUCUGUACCAAGAAGAGAUAUCUCGUAGGCCUAGUUUACUGUUGCCACCUCCGCCCGAAUUGGGUGACUUAUCGCCGAUAAGCCCUGCGAGUAGCGACCUACCCAGCGAAUAGAUCCUUCACGCAGAUCUUUUCGUGGAUACACACCACAGAGCAGGGUGAAUCCGUGUGUUUAGGUAACUCGUGCUGUUUUUCGUAAUUCUAUACAGUGGCUUCAUACACCUCAAGUGGUAUACAGAACACAGAAACAUGUUAUAACCGAGCGGACGGAUUCACCCUACGUUAAUUUCCCGAUGGUGAGCAUUCACCAAAAACCCAAUGAGAGUAAAAUGCAUAUUCUUAAAUGGUAAAUAUUUCAAUUACGUAUCAACGCUAAUCCAUUUACUGACAAUUUUAAAUAGUCUGUUAAUUAUUUGGAAUGAAACUUACAAAAUUAUUAUUGUACAUUCCUCAGACAUGUAGGUAAUCCUACUGACCAGCAUGAUUGGAAAUUUGAGGAUUCGAAUUCAUAAUUCAUACAAUUUUAGAGAACAAAAAGGUCGUCAAUUAGUUGCUAAGGUGUCAGUUAUUGGAAAAUAACCAUUCGAUUUUUCGUAAAUUAUUAUUGGCUCGGGGCUUCUGUGUGAAUCUUCUUGCCCACACCGAUUUGAAUUAAACUAUUUUAGAUCACACGGAUUUGUAACUUAGUGAAAACAAUUGUAUUGUUGUAUCGUUAUAAACAGCAUCUUCACGCACAGUAUUGUCUCAGGUAGAUUGUCAGAAUUAGUAAAUUGUGCAUAAAGGCGGCAGAAUAGUUCUUUCUACCUUGACAAUGAGCGUAAGUUUACAAUAUGAGUCAUAAGCGUGCGCAUGCGCGAGGCGAAGACGAAUAUUGCAAAUACGCUAGAUGUAAAGAGACUUUGCCUUUGUAGUUCACUAUACUUUAUGUGACAAAAGUAUGUUUCACAGGUUUCUUCUUAUCGCGGAGUACGAAAAUAAGCACUUUCAGUACUGAGACAUAAAAAUACGUAUGAACCGUAUUUGCGUUACACAAAACAUAUUGAGUACCAGUAUUAUUAACGAGGGAUUGAAUUGAUUAGAAAACAUAUUUGACACUGUCGAUAUCGUUGAUUCAAUUAUACUCGACAUUGCCUUGCACAUGCAAGGUUAUGCGAAACACUAUUUUCAAGGUACGUACAACAACAUCAAACUACACCUACGGUGUGAAAUUAUAUGUGAAUUGAGAUCACAAUACUUAAUUAGAUUUAAAGCAUAAAUAUGAAAACGCCGUGAAUAAUGAGACAGGUGUAGGAUAAUUCUUCGAUAAAGCCCAUGUUGAAUAAUUUUGUGUGUAGAGAGGUCAGAUUUCACCGUAAAUGUCAGAUCAAAUGAAACUUGAAAUACAAUUUUAAGUACGCCAAUGAAAAAUCCAAAGUUUUUAGAAUUGCAACAACAACAACAACAAGAACGACGACGAUGAUGAUGACCAUGAUGACAACAACAACAAUAACAAUAAUAAUUAUGAUGAUGAUAAACCUACUUUAGGUUGAAUAAUAUAACAAGUAGAAACGUGAAAAAUAAUCAUCGAUUUUUCCAUUUUGUCGUGCGGAUUCGAGACGAAUUUCUGACUUGAAAAAAAGAAAAAAAGGGGAAGACAAAUUGAAAUUCGCUCAUGUAUGCAGAUAAAGCAAUACGGGUAUAUGAAUAUGAAGUUAUAUCAGUCAUAGACGUAACUACAAAUUCACUUUUAGAUAUAAAACUAUGAAAAGUAAUAAUCGCCCAACUGUUAGUUCUUUACAAACUGAAUUCUAUAUUUACAAUAUGUUAGCUAUGAAAUUUUUAGAAUCGAACGAAGAGACGUAAAAAAUCAUAUUUUAUUAAGCUUCAAUUUAUAAACUAUACAUAAUUGUAUGCUCGUGUGUUUUAAUGUUCAGUACAAUUUCAAUACUUGCAGCUAAUUGCAAGUCCGUUCUUGUGUUUUAUCAAAUAUUACGUUUGGUGUAGAAUUUUGUCAACCGUUUCGCAUAAUUGGAUAAAGUAAAGAUUAGAAUAUAUGUUCAGUUGAAAAAUAUCCAACAGAUUUUCCGUAACAAAAUGUGCUAUAAAAACGUGAUGGUUAUUAUUCUGUCCAUUUUGCUAUAAUACGCCACCUUUAAAGGACACAAGAUCCGUAUACAAGUGUUUUAUGUUGGUUCAGGUAUGUUUGAAAAAUAUGAUUCUAAAAACUGGUUCCUCUCCCCAUCCCCCUCCCGUUAUCUCAUCAUUUCUACAACUUUUUUACCUUCAAUUCAACAAAAAAUAAUGUUCGUUCUAUCAAGAUGUGCAUCAUUCAUAAACGCAGAUUUUCAUGACACAAGUACAAGUUUGUAUGAGCUUUAUUCGAAAUAGGAAAAAAUUAAGUAAUGAACUUAACAAUAAAUUACAUUUAUUGCAUAUAAUAUCAAAUUAUGCACUAGAUUACGUGUUAUUUGUUUCAAUUAAAAGUCAUCUCGUUAUAAUGUAUACUUGAAUCAGAGACUGUGAAGAGAAUGAUAUAGUCAAUCCGUACUUAUUUAAACUAUUAUCAUAGCAUUACUGAUGCGAAAAUAUUGCAUUCAACGCAAUUUCACACGCAAUCUCGAAUACAACUGUCGAGAAAAAAGUUUUAUGUUACGCAACGGUAAUGUCAACGAAUGUAUUUCUGCAAUUGAAUUACUACUUAUUGCAGGAAUACAUUUCCUAGCAUUAUUUUUGCAUGGAAAGAAAAAGCUUUUGGGCAGUUCGUUCGGCAUUGCACGUAGAAUCGCGUCGAGUACAGUAUUGAUACAACAGUGCUGCGUAGGCUUCCAUAAUAGUAAACAAGUGAAAUUUCACACGGUCUGUAAAGACUGACUAUAGCAUUCUGUCAAGAUAAAAAAUUAAUAAUAUCUGUUGAGUAACAUGAUUUCCCGACGAUAAUAGGUAUAGAAUUAAGAAUGUACGAUUGAAUUAUCAACGCUUUAAUAUCGUAUAUUAUAAGGGGCCAGUCAUACAUGACAUCACGCCAAAGGGGAGAGCCUAAUAAGAGUAAAGUCAACUUUUCCAGAAGGGAAAGACACAAUCUGACAAAUUGGGAAGCAAGAGAGUUCAGAAUCCUGUAGGUAAACGUGACAUCGUUGUGGGCGGCUUCGAAAGUCUACGAUUACUCACAAUUAGAAUAUGCCCAUGGAUAGCAAUGCAUUUUUGUAAUUUUUACCUCAAAGUGCACAUUCUAAAUGUACCCAGUAUCUGUGAUUGCUUCUUGAUAUUUUGACUAUUCAUCACAGUAGGUAUACGUCUGAUAAACUCGAGUUGCGAGUACUUGGUUCCGUAACAAUUGGCGUCAUGUAAUUGAAGGGACUAAUUCCCAACUUGCUUAUAAAGAUAAAUAAAUAUUUGGGGAAACGUUAGGUUCAUUCAAUUUUUCCUCAAUUAUAGCAUUCAAUAUUCGCGAGGGGUAACCAGUCAUGAAAUAGUAUGAAAUUUAUGUGAAAUACCUAGCGUGAAACUGUAUGAAAUGGUUACGAAAUACGUAAGUUGGGUCGCGAAUAUAUUGAGUGGUUACCCCUUCGGCUGUUAGUUUUGAACCGAAAAUAUCGCAACAUGAUAUGAUGAUGUGAUAUAGAAGUAUUCAAGUGAUAGAAAAUUAAUUUGAAUUUUAUUUCGAAAUAAAAUAGGGAGGGUUGCUAAAGUUCAGAAGAACAGAAAAUUUUACACAUUUUAAUCAACUAAGAAUCUCUCAACAAUAACAAUUAACAAAAAGUAUCCGAAAUGUGCGCGUAUCUAGGUAUAUUUUAUGUAUUGUAUGUAAUUCUGUAUGUGCGCGCGUUCUUGACACACAAAUAGCUCGUCACCUGCGGCCGUGAUGAAAAUCAAUGCACCCACAAAUCAAAAUGACGUAUAUAUAUAUAUAUAUAUUGUAUAAUAGCACACGUUUGAAAUCUUUACUUGUGUAUGUAGGUGCAAUCCAAGUGGUGAAAAUUUACUUCUAGUGAGAACCAAUUAGUUAGGGAUGACCUUGCAAAAUUCUGAGAUACACGAUCGAUCGGGAUGCUUCGUAGAAAGUAGUCCACGUAAGGUAUACAUAUAAUAUAGCUAUGCACCCAAGAUAACCAAAAUGUAGACAUUCAAAGGAAGAGAGAAAUCAUUGUUGAAAUUCGUCGGAGGAAAAAGUACGAAGUUGAACAAGAGAUAUAGCCAAAAAGCUUGCCUUUUUGCGCGAGGCUGGACCACGCACAGUCCUGUGACGAGCGCUUGCGUACUUUGUUUUCCAUCCUUAUUUCACCAUAAUCGGUUCAGCGGUUCGUCUGGAGUCACGCCUAAUAAAAACUCGUAUACAACCCACACGAUUAAAAACUGUGGAAAAAUUGCCUCACAUUUGUAAUUCCAGAUUUAAUUCUAAAUUUGGCACACUCCUUCUAGUGGCUGUAACUUCAAAAAUAAUAAAAAUAAUUGAACAUAGAGGCAUCGGAAAAUGCAUGAAAUACUCUUCAAACAAAUGUGAUAUAAUCUUGUUUUCAACCAUUUAGCUGUAUUGGUUAAAUUCUUCGACCUUACUUCUUGCCGUCGACCGCUAAUUCUUAAAUUCUAAAAAGAAUAUGCUUGUAUUCGUUUACUGAUUUAUAAAAUGGACCCGGGACUGGAUCUUUUUGAAAAAUUUCAUCUUUCUGCGCGUAAAUGGAUGUACGCACCAAGGUAUAAUAGCGUUUUUUCUUGAAUUAUCGUUCUGAAAAUAUUGAACAUUAUCCUUCAUACUUUACUUGAUUUUAUUGACGUGACGUUAGCAAAGAGAAAAUUCGAAACCGGCCACCUCCAAUGGCUUCUUUACAUUGGAAAUUAUUUGGAAACGUAGUUCAUUUUUCCUACCCUCGAUAUUGCAUUAUCAUAGUGCUUCGAUGUCUCAUUUAUGACUCAUUACUUCGAGAAUAGUUGAAAACACCUAACCCAUGCACAUUAUUGCACUUAAAAUUCGUGACAGAAGACAACAGUAACGUACACCCACAAAAAAAAAACAAUUUCAAUCUUUUCCAUGUAAAAAUGUAUUCAACGAAUUCUGCGGUGAAAAAGUAACGUUUUACCGGGUAGCGACUAAAUCUCCAUCACGAAAUUCCAGAUAAAUUGGUUACAGCAAAUUUAAAAAAAUAUACGUAUUUUCCGUAUCUUUUUUUUUUUUUUUUAUGAAAGUACGAACUGUCACUUGGGUCACACUGUCACAUCUGGCCAAUGCGCACAAUCGUUUGUAAGGUAAUAUUUAAGAAUAUUCAAAGUUUGAAGAGAACCUUUCGGUGAUAGUGAAAAAAUUUGUAUUCGAUCUAAUUUAUCUAAAGCUUAAA